UUUUGCAAUGUCAUCAUCUAAGAUGCCCUUCUAGAUCACUGACGUCUUCAGGUGUUCCUGGCAAAGCUGGCAGCAACCUAUUGUUAUACUUAAUUGUAGGAGGAACAGUCACUGGGACAGGAGCUUAUAUAUACAAAACAUUGAGAGAAAAAAAAGAGCGAUUCACCAGCCGCGUCUCAACAGUAACGAAGCGACCUCAAGAAGAUGAAUCGUCUCCUCCCGCUCCCACCGAGAUCCCGUCUCACGUUCCGUUCCUGCUCAUCGGUGGGGGAACCGCUGCCUUUGCUGCUGCCAGAUCCAUUCGAGCUCGUGACCCCGGUGCCCGGGUGCUGAUCGUGUCCGAAGAUCCUGCCCUGCCCUACAUGCGUCCGCCUCUUUCCAAAGAACUCUGGUUUUCAGAUGAUCCAAAAGUGACGGAGACUCUGCGGUUCAAACAGUGGAACGGCAAGGAGAGAAGUAUAUAUUUCCAGCCGCCAUCAUUCUACGUGCCUGUCCGUGAUCUGCCUUCCGUAGAAAACGGUGGAGUAGCAGUUCUCUGUGGCAAGAAGGUUGUGCACAUGGAUGUCAGAGGCAGCACGGUGAAGCUCAGCGACGGCACCCAGAUAUCCUACGACAAGUGUCUCAUCGCCACAGGUGGGACCCCAAGGAACCUGCCUGCCAUCGAGAGAGCAGGGAAGGACGUACAGCGGCGGCUGACGCUGUUCCGGAAGAUUGAGGACUUCAAAAACCUGGAGAAGAUUUCAAGAGAAGUCAAGUCCAUCACGAUCAUCGGCGGCGGCUUUCUGGGCAGCGAGCUGGCCUGCGCUCUGGGCAGGAGAGCACGAACCAGAGGCCUGGAGGUGAUUCAGCUGUUUCCAGAGAACGGCAACAUGGGCAAAGUCUUGCCAGAAUACCUGAGCAACUGGACCACGGAGAAAGUCAGAAAAGAGGGUGUUAACGUGAUGCCCAACGCUGUGGUCAAGUCUGUCUCCGUCUCUGGCAACCGGCUGCUGAUUAAAUUGAAAGAUGGCCGGAAGGUGGAGACCGAUCACAUUGUGGCUGCCGUGGGGCUGGAGCCCAACGUGGAGUUGGCAAAGUCGGCCGGGCUGGAGGUAGACUCUGACUUCGGGGGGUUCAGAGUGAACGCGGAGCUGCAGGCGCGCUCCAACAUCUGGGUGGCAGGGGAUGCUGCCUGCUUCUACGACAUCAAGCUUGGCAGGAGACGCGUAGAGCACCACGACCACGCCGUCGUGAGUGGAAGGCUGGCUGGGGAAAACAUGACCGGAGCUGCGAAGCCCUACUGGCACCAGUCCAUGUUCUGGAGCGACCUGGGUCCCAACGUGGGGUACGAAGCCAUUGGCCUUGUGGACAGCAGCUUGCCGACCGUCGGGGUCUUUGCUAAAGCCACAGCGAAAGACACGCCCAAGAGCGCGACGGAGCAGUCGGGGACGGGCAUUCGAUCGGAGAGCGAAACGGAAGCGGAAGCCUCAGAAGUUCACAUUUCCCCAAGCUCUUCACCAACGCCUCAAGUCCCAAAGCAAGGAGAAGAUUAUGGCAAAGGCGUCAUUUUCUACCUCAGGGAUAAAGUUGUGGUGGGAAUCGUGUUAUGGAACAUCUUCAACAGGAUGCCUAUUGCUCGAAAGAUCAUCAAAGACGGGGAGGAGCACGAUGAUCUCAACGAAGUAGCAAAGCUUUUCAACAUCCACGAAGAGUAAGCUGCAGGAGGGGGACGCCGCCGGAGGGGUGCGUAGG